AUGACUGGGAUCACAAUCACAGUCCGUGUUAACGGACAAGACCUUCCAGAAUAUCCCACCUCCAACGAUCUCCAAAAACUCCAGAACAAAAGAUUAAAGCGUCACAUGGAAAAAGUAACCACGACGCAUUACAUCGAGGUUGAAGAUGGAGCUACAUUCGAAGUAUUCCUUUCAGUGGAGCCUCCAUAUCGAAUGGACUGCCCAAUGCUAGGUUUCAGGGUAUUCGUCGACGGGGAUUGGAUACAGGAACCAACUUUAAGCAGAGAGGUUUACGAGGAGGAUGGGAAAUGGUCUGAGAUCGUAACGGGGCCGGCUGUGGAGGUGGGUGGAAAACUUGCUUAUCGACCUAUGAUAUUCAAACCUGUAGCUGUCACCGAAUUCAUGCUUCCCAGAGCCGUUAUAGCUCAGCACGUCAAGAAAAUGCAAGCGGUAGGAGAGAUAAUCGUGGAGGUUCAUCGAUAUAAAUGUGCGAUAAAAUCUGACCGCUCUAAUCUUGAGAAAGAGAUGGUUUGGGAAAAGGAUUAUGAGAAAGAGGUUCAUUUGAAGUCGGUUGUUAAGGGGACUGUAACCGAGGGGGUGGUAUAUGGAGACACGGUCGAAGCCAACGAGGAAGUUGAAUUUCUGAAACUCAAACACAUGGAUGGUGUAGAUUAUAUGCGGAUUCAACAGAUUUUCAAAUAUCGAAACAAAAAAGCCUUGCAGUCCCUAGGCGUAAUCGAAUCACCACCACCUCCUCCAGAACCGCUCCCCGAAAUCGACAAAGAAACCAUAUCAGCUGACGAAACUCUGUUACUGCAACAAUACCUCGCUAAGCUGCGCGAGGAAAAAAAGGUUAUUAAACAAGAGGAAGGGAUCAAACACAGAAAUGAGCUAGCUUCGGAGUCUAGCUUGGGUUUGAAGGAGGACGAGAAUGAAGAUGGCGAUCCAUUUCGCAGAAGUUUAAGGAGGAAGAGAAGAUGCACCGAGGUUAUUGAUUUAACGGGGGAUGAGUAG